GACUUUCACACCUCACAUUCAGAGAGAGACGGAGAGAGAGACAGAGAGACAGGCGGAGAGAAAUACAGAGACCUCUCUCUAUCUCUCUCUCUCUGCAAUUCUGCGUUCAUUUCAUGUCCGGCUGAUAUUUUUCUCUCAGUUUUUAAUCAUGGCUUCCUCCUCCUUUUCACUCACUUUCGUCUCCUUCUCUCUCUUCGCCGCCUUUUACCUCGCCGACUCUCAAUCCUUCAUCGGCGUCAACUAUGGCCAAGUCGCCAACAACCUUCCGCCGCCGGUCUCCACUGCCGCACUACUUCGCUCAACUACAAUCGGCAAAGUCCGACUCUACGGCGCCGAUCCACAAAUAAUCAAAGCCCUAGCCAACACCGGAAUAGGAAUCGUGAUAGGCGUAGCCAAUGGCGACAUUCCUGCCCUGGCCUCGAAUCCAAACUCCGCUGCUCAAUGGAUCAACACGAAUGUCGUUCCCUACUAUCCAGCCAGCAAUAUCGUGCUGAUUACCGUCGGAAACGAGGUGAUUUCAUCCAUGGAUCAAGGCCUGAUUUCGCAGCUUCUCCCAGCGAUGCAGAACGUGCAGAACGCUCUGAAUUCGGCGAACCUUGGCGGUAAGGUGAAGGUGUCGACAGUGCACUCGAUGGCGGUGUUAAGCCAGUCGGAUCCGCCGUCGUCGGGGAGGUUCAAUCCGGUGUUGGAACAGAUGAUGAAGGCGGUGGUGGAAUUUGAGAAGGAGAACGCGUCGCCAUUUGCGAUAAACCCUUACCCGUUCUUCGCGUACCAGAGCGAUCCGAGAGCCGAAACGCUGGCGUUUUGCCUGUUUCAACCCAACUCGGGCCGGGUCGACUCGGGAACCGGAAUAAAGUACAUGAACAUGUUCGAUGCUCAGCUUGAUGCAGUAAGGUCUGCCUUGAAUGUACUGGGUGAUUUCAAGGAUGUCGAGAUCUUGGUAGCCGAGACGGGGUGGGCGUAUCACGGUGAUAGCAAUGAAGUUGGAACAACUAUGGAAAAUGCAAGAGCUUACAAUGGCAAUUUGAUUGCACAUCUUAGAUCAAUGGUGGGUACUCCAUUGAUGCCUGGAAAAUCAGUGGAUACAUACAUCUUUGCUCUCUAUGAUGAAAACUUGAAGCCUGGUCCCACCUCCGAACGAUCAUUUGGGCUGUUCCGUCCUGAUCUAACCAUGACAUAUGAUGUUGGGCUCUCAAAGAACAGCCAGACUCCUACAACUCCAACAACUCCAUCCACCCCAUCCCCAAAACCGACUGUGGCUGUUUGGUGCAUGCCCAAGGCAGGUGUUUCUGAUGCUCAACUUCAGUCGAAUCUCGACUAUGCUUGUGGGCACGGUAUCGAUUGUGGGGCGAUCCAACCGGGGGGUGCCUGUUUUGAGCCAAACACUGUAAAAUCACAUGCUGCUUAUGCUAUGAAUCUCUACUACCAAUCUCUUGGCAAGAAUCCAUGGGACUGUGAUUUCUCGCAGACAGCAACACUAACAUCCACAAAUCCUAGUUAUAAUGGCUGCUCGUAUACAGGCGGAAGCAGCUGAGAAGGGAGAUCAUAGUGCAUUGAUAUGAGAUAAAGAAUUAGUUUUCCACAUUCUAAGAUGUCUUAAGACAUUUGAAAACAAACGAAUGAAGCAAUAAUCUAAUUAAUUGGCCAACAAUUGGUCAUUCUUAGUU